AUGCUCUUGGAUCUCCCCACAGGCUCUUUGGGAGACGAUCCCUAUUUGGCUGAGCUUAGUACUAGCUUCCGCUCUGCGUCUGGGGAUCUUCCUGACCUCAAAGUCUGGAAGCUUACUGCUGAUGGCUCUUUCACUGUCAAGUCUUUCUACAAUUUCCUUAUCGACAGGGGACUGAGAUGCAGUAUCACCCCGAGGAUCUUUAAACGCUUCAUCCCACGAAAAAUUGCUGCUUUUGCAUGGUUGGUUGGGGAAAGGAAAAUCCUCACGCUUGACACGCUUUUUGCCCGUGGUUGCAACAAGCUGCCCACUGCAACCUGCCUCCUUUGUUGCUCGGAUACUGAGUCAAUCGAUCAUUUGUUUUUUAGGUGCCCCUUGGCGAGGGAUAUAUGGGAUCGUCUUGCUAGCAUUUUUUCUUUCCCAUGUAUUCCCUCUUCCUGCUCGGACCUCUGGGAUGACUGGUACCGCGAGCUUAGCCCUCGGCUCACUUUGUCAUGCUCUUUGAUUGCUAGAGUGUUUUUGUGGCAAAUUUGGCUUGCUAGAAAUAACUGUAUUUUCAACUCAGUUUUUAUUCCUUGGCAUGCUUUGUUUUUGAAAAUUUGUCAUAUGUAUAUCUCUUGGAUUCCAGUGGUCCCUGCUAGGGAUUUGCACAGGCUUGAGGAGUCUAUUGCUGCGGUUCGGCGCUGCAUCCAGUUCCCAGGCCCCCCUCACGAGGAGAUGGAGCCCGAUAGGCACGAGGAGUCCUCUGGCUAG